GUCGUUUAAGAGGGUAUGUAUGUUCCUUAUGUUCGAGGUGAUAGUGACUAUUCCCACUGCUAUCAUGAUCUACUGGCUGUUAUCUCUUCAUACUGACAACUUCACUGGAGAUAACAUGCUAGUGUACCUACACGGAAUAGUGAUGAUGUUCGCGUUCACGUACCUGCUCGCGCAGGGUAUCGCGCUAGUGCGCGUGUGUCCCAGUUCCCGGCACUGUGCCAGAAUAACCCACUCCAUCUUCAACACUUUGUCUUUACUGUUUGGUAUUGCGGGACUUAUCCUUAUUAUCAGCUACAAGUCUGAGAAUAACAAAACACAUCUCUACUCACUGCACAGUUGGUGUGGAAUUCUUCUGCUCUUAAUUCUAGUGAUACAGUUUAUGGGGGGUUGUAUUGUGCUACAGUCAUGUUGUAAAGGUGCGUCGCUGAAGUCGAGACUGAACUACGUUCCAAACCAUGUUGCUAUGGGAACAGCAGUGUUGCUGUUAGCAGCAGUUUGUGUUAUUAGUGGAGUUGUUAACCUCAAGGAGUAUAUAGGGGUAGCUCGGCAGGAAGAUAAGAGCCUAGAUUUCGAGAACUCCCUGCUGAACCUCAUGGCAGGCUCUGCUCUCCUCGUGUUUGUGAUUAUAUUGUGUAUAGCUGUGUCUCGGAGAUCCCGUAAAAGUGGGCUCGGUUCUGAGGAGUCAAUGGGAGCAGGUAAGCUUAACUUUAGAGACGGCUCCUCCUCGGCAGCGCCUCACCCCAGAUCAGACAAGUACAGGAUUGAGUCCAGUGUCAAGUCUAAAAACAUCAGUGAAGAUACUGCUUACAGUGAUUUCAGUUCGGGGCCGGGUUCUGCACACCCGCACAGCGAGAGAUCUUUCUCCAGACCACGUGACUCAGAAUUCAGACCACGUGACUCAGAAUCCAGACCACGUGACUCAGAAUCCAGACCACGUGACUCAGAAUCCAGACCACGUGACUCAGAAUCCAGACCACGUGACCCAGAAUCCAGACCACGUGACUUAGUGGACCAGGCUGCCAUGUCACAGAGGAGAGACGUUGAACCUCCGCAACCUAGGAGAGGAUCCGCCAACUUACCUCGCAGAGAUAGUGGUCACAGAGACGGUGGACCCCACUCUCCUAGAGGACCCCACUCUCCUAUAGGACCCCACUCUUCUCCAGCUCCUCGGCUAUCAGACGUAGAUGGAGAGCCCACUUCUCCUGGCAGAACGAGUCUCAGAUCACAGAGGUCUCAAAGAGACACUUAUAGAAACCACGAACCACCCACGUCACCAACAGUCAGGAGUCCCGAUCCGAGGGACAUGUCUCGUCGACCUUCAUUUCCUCCCGUCACUCCCGGACAUUACCCCCAACGUCACCCCAGCUCUGGUCACCAACCCCGUCCUCCUGCUCCAGACUACCCUAGAUCCGAUCCUUCUUAUCAGUUACCUUAUCACGAGCCACCACUCGACCAGUCACGUGAUAUCACGGCACGUGGUCACCAGGGAAACACACUCGACCAGUCACGUGAUAUCACGGCACGUGGUCACCAGGGAAACACACUCGACCAGUCACGUGAUAUCACGGCACGUGGUCACCAGGGAAACACACUAUCCUCGCCUGAUAUUCCGCCCCUUUUCGAGAACAAUGUGUCUCAUCUCCGGUCCUCCAGAAGGGGGGUGCCACCUCCUCUUGACAUGUCGCCCCCCGUCCAGUUCGCUCCUGUUAACGUUGUCAAUCCCUUCCCUUCUCGAUAUGGUGGACAGGCACCCCAGAACGAGGACCUGAAACAGUCACCAAUGUACAGUCCUGACCACACUCCAUCAGAUAGAUACAAUCCUAGCUACCCUGACCAGCCCUCCAACCCGCUGAUCCAACCCGCUUAUAACCAUGACAACCCGCAAAUCCAACCCGCUUAUAUCCACGAAAACCCGCAAUCUCCGCCCUACAGCCCGCAACAGCAGACCACCACAUUCAACGCCAGACCCCCCGGAAGACACCAGGUUGCCAGGCAACACAGGCACCAAGUUAGGCGAGCUAAAGUCGAGAAGGCUAACCUAGAGUUAAAACGACCGGUAACACCUCCUGCUAGUUCUUACACGGAAUCUCUGGCUCCUGCUCGAGUCAGUACCAGCCCUCUCCAGAUAUCCUCUCCUGAGUCUAUACCGGACGUUGAUAGUUCUGUUCUGAGUGAAGAUGUAGAUGGUCCAGCUCCAAGGCGAGGUAGGACUAGUUAUCGUAAUGCAGUGAGAGAUGAUGAUCCCCCUCCCCUCGUACCUCCUCCUCCGCAACAGUUCGAGAUGAUAAGAGGUGGUUCUAAGGACGAUGAUCAGGGCAUUUGUUGGUUAUAGUUUUAGAUUUUGAUCAUCGUGAAACCCUCAUGUAGUUAGUAGCAAUGUCUCAUUAAACAUGCCGGUAGAUGUUUACAAUUUCGGAGGCAUUUGCUUAUUUUUUAUUAUGAACUUUCAUCAAAUAUUUGUAUAUUGAUGCGUUAGUAAGUUGUAUACAUAGUUACAGAAAGGUGCGUUUUAGGACUGAUACAUAAUCAUUAUUACUCAAUUAGUGAAAUAAUUUCACUUUAGACAUUAGUGAAAUCAGUCGCACAAGAAAUCGAGAGAUAAAUUUGAGAAUUAUUAUCAUUCGGAUAUAAAGAUAAACACGUUUAAAAUGCACAAUAUAACAUAGAAUUUUUAUUUUAUUCCAAAUUCUAUGUCAGAUAAAUACGCUUUAUUAUAUAUUGAGAUAUCGGGAAAGUGAAUUACAAAUAUUGUGGACAAUGAUGUAUAUUAUUGUUGGCAAUGUUUGGUCCAACUAAUAAACGAUGAUAUUUAUUACCUCAAGGUUAAAUUCGUAUUUUUCGCAUAUUCCGUUCGUUGUGAAAUAACAACCACAUUAUACAUUUGCUUGUAGU